CCACGCCUAAAACACCUCCUGGUUUUACGGACUUGCUGUGGCCCGUGUCCUCCCUUCCCCGCUGCCUGGAAGUUCAGGAACUUGGUCACCGCCCAGCGCCCCCUCCUCCUCCUUUUACCUCAUCUAUUGUUGGGCAAUACGUUACGCCAUCGAAAUUCUCUUAACCGAAACUUUUCAGCUGACUUGCUGGAGCUCUUGUGAUACUUUUCUGUAUAGCCGUCGAGCGGAGGGAGGAAAACUUUGGUGUUUAUCGUGAGUGAGCGGCGCAGUUAAACUAAGUCCGUGGGGCGAGGAAACGGGAGGAGAACUUUUGACGCAAGGAAUUCCGUAAUUCCCAUUCCUCCAUUUUGAACUUUUAAACUUCACUUUGUCUAGCGGACUGUUGUCGUAAACUAGACAUCAUGACUAGCAACACCGCACCAAACAUCAACUUUAAAUGGGACCCGAAGAGCCUGGAGAUCCGUACUCUGGCAGUAGAAAGGCUACUGGAGCCUCUGGUCACACAGGUCACCACUUUGGUAAACACCAGCAAUAAAGGCCCAUCUAACAAGAGGAAGGGACGCUCUAAGAAGGCCCAUGUUUUGGCUGCAUCAGUGGAGACUGCUACUGAGAACUUCCUUGAAAAAGGCGAAAAGAUUGCAAAGGAAAGUCAGUUCCUCAAGGAUGAGCUGACUGCUGCUGUGGAAGAUGUCCGCAAGCAAGGUAUAUUGAAAAUACGAAUUGCAGCAGUGUGGCUUCAUGCUUGUACAGAGUGCCUCUUAAGAUGGGACGGAUGAAAAAUAAACCAUAAGCUA